AUGGCGAACACUGUCUAUCUCAUUACCGGCGCUAGCCGCGGAAUUGGUCGUGGUUUACUUGGGACAUUCCUCGCCCGUCCUAACACCACCGUUAUUGCGGCCGUCCGCGACCCCGCCGGUGCUUCAGCCCAGUCCCUCCAAUCCCUCUCUAAAGGCGACUCCUCUAGCCUGAUAGUCGUGAAGAUCGAUGCAAAGUCUCCCACCGAUCCAGCUGCUGCCGUUGAGACCCUCCAGACGGAGCACGGUAUCGACCACCUAGAUGUGGUGAUCGCCAACGCCGGCAUUAGCGAGGACAUCUCGCCCGUGCACAAGGCUUCCAUUUCUGUGGUGCAGGAGCAUAUUGAGGUCAAUGCCUACGGACCUAUCUACCUCUACCAGGCGUUCUACGCGCUACUUAAGAAGAGCGCGAAGCCCACGUUUGUAGGAGUCGGCAGCCCUCUAGGAAGCAUUGGUGGUAUGGACCAGCGCCCGUACCCAAAUACUGGAUACGGUUCUAGUAAGGCUAUGCUGCACUGGAUUGUGCGCAAGAUUCACUUCGAGAAUGAGGACUUUAUCUGCUUCGUUGCUGAUCCUGGAUUCGUCCAAACUGACAUGGGCAACUCUGGUGCCAAACUCUUUGGGUUUGAGAAGGCCUUCCAGACGGUUGAAGAGAGCGUCGGUGGUAUCGUGAAGACGAUUGAUGAGGGGACGAGGGAGUCGGUUGGUGGGCAGCUGCGUGUGUGGGAUGGAACAGAGUUCCCCUGGUAA